AUGGACUCACUGGGAUACAUCAAACAUUUAAAAGUCCGUCAGUGUUCUCAGUGUCAGGGGGACACAGAAUUCUACUGUUGCACUUGUCAACAUGACCUGUGUCUACCGUGUAAAGAGAUACAUGUUAUUGAUCUAGAAAUCAAACACCAUGAUGUUGUGAUUUACCGUGAGAAAUAUGACUACAUCUCUGAGCAAGAGUCCUGUACAAGACAUCCAGAGAGAAUUUAUGAACUUUUCUGUACUGCGUGUGAACUUCCACUUUGUGUCCAAUGUAAAAAACACAAAAAACACAACAUACAGGACAUAAGAACUGUUUAUAAAACAACCCGUCAGAAACACAAAAAAAUCAUUUACAACCUAAGAAGUGAGGAUAUCUUUAACAGCUAUUCUCUCCUUACAGGAAUCAGAACGUCUAUAAAGAAUUGUCCGACAGAAAUCGUCAAACACCAAUCAGAGAUUUCAAAGAAAGCCAAACGACUAAUGGAACGUAUUGAAUUUGAAAAAUGGGAUGCUAAAAUAAGACUUGGAUGUUUAUACCAUGAAUUGAAAGUACAGAAGUGGAAACAAAAUAGAUAUCUUGUCAACAUAGAGAAAUAUGAGCAAUGUUCUGACCAUUUAAUAAACAGACCGGUAAAAUUUGUCUUAUUCUUAAAGAAACGUUUUGUUUCCAAGAUAAAAAAUACCCCUGGUUUAACACAGAACGUCUUAUUAUCCGUUACUGGAGAAAUCAAGAUAGAGAAUGUAAAUAACGUACUUAAUGAAAUUGGAAUUAUAGAGAUAGGAAGAAGACAAUUAGGAAAAGAAUGUCUGCUUAAACUGCUCCCUCGACCAGUGCUACUCAGAACAGUCACAGUGGUAGGUGUUUGGAAGGUCAUACACUUUUCUUGUGUAACCAUGGAUCUAGUGUGGAUCAGUGACAUACAUAACAAGCUCAUCCUGACAAACACAGAGGGCGAAACACUACAUCAUCUUAAAGAUAUCAAUACAGAGUGGGGAGCACACACUGUGAAUAUGAACCGCGAUCUUAUUUACAUAGACAGGGGUUAUAACAUUAAAAAAUUGUCAGCAGACGAAAAAACAACGUCUACUCUAUUAAAGAAAACAAAAGAAUUGCAGCCACACUGUAUCUACUGCUCUUCUUUUAAUGAGGAGUUGUUUGUUGUAAUGUAUAAUACGUAUACAAGAACGUGCAAAGUAAUACGAUAUACUGACAGCGGACAACCGAUACAAACAAUACAGCACAACAAAGCAGGUCAGGAACUGUACAGCGAUCCUCGUUAUAUCACAGAGAAUCGCAAUGGAGACAUUAUUGUGUCUGACUAUAACAAUGGAGUAGUGGUAACGGACUUUGGAGGACAACAUCGCUUCUCCUACACAGGACCUCCGUCCGGACCAGCACUAAAAGCACGUGGAAUCUGUACUAACGCGCUGUCACACAUCCUGGUGUGUGAUGCUAACACUCAAACAGUACAGGUGAUUGACGAAGAUGGCCACUUCCUGUCAGAGCUGCAGCUGAUGCAACAACAUGGAACGUACUGGCCAUGGAGCCUUGGUUAUGAUGACAAAAACUACCUUCUCUGGGUUGGAUCAGCCAAUAGCAACGACGUUUUUGUGUAUAGACACGUAAAAAGACAGCUUGAAGAAUAUAUGGCAGACCAUUCAUCAAUGCCGACACAUGUUUAA